GUGAAUCGUCACAUGUACCGGCACUGGUUUGCCGCGCGUGGUUCGACAUCGAAAACUUUUUGAUCAAGUUUAAUCGUGUUUAAAUUUGUGUUUUUUUACGUUAAAAUUAGAUCCGUAAUUAAACGAAUUAUUACCAAUUUGUUAUACAAGAUUAUCAUUAUCGAAAAAUCAUUUGAAGAGCUUGAGUUAAAAAACAAUAAAGAUGGCCGAUCCAGGAAGAGGACGUGGAAGAGGUGCUGCAUUGUUGGCAAUGCUACAAAAACAGCGCAGCGAAGCAGGAAGUCAAGAUGGAUCAUCAUCUAAUGUUGCCGCAGCUUCUCCGCAAUCAACAGCAUCAGCAACGGAUAAUGACAACAUACCACCAGCAGAACCAAAGCCACCAAUGAGACCUUUGGGAAGAGCAUCCCUGCUUAAUAUAGCUCAAAAAUCAUUGUCUUCUCCAGGCAUUUCAACGUUAACUCCACCUCAAACUCCAACAGCAAGGGGUGUUGGUCGGGCAUUAAUUCAAAAAUUAUGUAGCCCUCCUGAACCAGUUCGUCCAGGACCUCCUCCUCCUCCUCCUCCUCAACAAAUUGUAAGGCCAGGUCUUGGAGAUCAAGGAUUACCUGCACAAAUGAGCGCCAUAAGUUUGGGCGGAGGAUCAACAACAUCAUCAGAUAAUCCAGUAUCUCGUAUGGGAACAACAGGAAAAAUGAUUGAUAUUAUGUCAAAUCAUAUCAAUAUUAAAGUGAGCUCAGGUAAAGGCAUCUUCCGAUAUGAAGUAAAAUUCAAUCCACAGAUAGACUCACCGAGUAUUAGAAAUGCAUUACUCAAUCAACAUAAAAAUUUGCUCGGCGGUACCAAGGUGUUUGAUGGAAUUAUUUUAUUUAUUCCAAUACGACUUCCCAAAGAUAGAAUUGAAGUAGAAUCCCUUCUUAGAGACGGAACUACUGUUAAAUUAACUAUCAUCUUCCAACGCCAACAAAAACCUUGUGACAGUGUAGGAUUCUUUAAUGUUCUGAUGAAUAGAGUAUUAAAAAUGAUGAAUUUAGUUCGAAUUCACCGAAAUUAUUUCAAUCCUCGAGCUGCUCAUAAAAUUGAGCAACAUCAUAUGGAAUUAUGGCCUGGAUAUGUGACAGCUAUCGAAGAAAUGGAAGGAGGUUUGAAAUUAAAUAUUGAUGCUUCUCAUCGAGUUAUGAGAACAGAUACGGUUCGUGAUUAUAUUUAUAAUACGUAUAAACAAACAAAAGAUCGAGGUAAUUUUAAAGAAACUGUCAUGAAAGAAUUAAUGGGUUUAAGUGUACUUACACGUUAUAAUAACAAGAAUUAUCGAAUCGAUGAUAUUAUUUGGGAUAAGGGUCCUUGGGUAACUUUUAACUGUAAAGGACAAGAAAUAACAAUUGCUGAGUAUUUUAAUACUCAUUGGAAAUUAGAAAUAAAAGAUAUGAAACAACCAUUAAUUCUCAAUCGUCAGACAGUAAAAUUGUCUCGUGGUGAGACAAAAGAAGAAGAAAUUUAUCUUGUUCCGGAAUUAUGUUAUUUAACUGGAUUAACUGAUAAAGUUAGAAGUGACUUUAGAAUCAUGAAAGAUCUUGCAGCUGUAACACAAGUGAAUCCAGAUUCACGUAGACAGGUGAUAAGAAAAUUUAUCCACAGUGUAAAAUCUACACCAGAAGCUGCGAAACUACUUGAAGAAUGGGGAUUGGAAAUGGAAGAUGAUAUAGUUACUCUACCAGGAAGAGUACUUCCACCUGAAAAAGUUUUCUUUGGAAAUAGAAGAGAAGUUUCUGCUGGUGACAAAGCUGAUUGGGGUUCAGCAGCUGUUAGAAAUCAAGUAUUACGUAAUGCUAAUAUGCAUAAUUGGUGCAUUGCUUACAUUCAAAAAGAUGAAAGAGUAGUAAAUGAAUUUUGCAAAAUACUAAGAACAGUUUGCAAAGAUAUCGGUGUUGGAAUUGGUGAAGGGAUUAAAAUUUCAUUGAAAAAUGACAGUGCCCAAUGUUAUGUCACUGAAAUAAGGAAGAGAAUUAAUCCUGAUUUAGAUAUAGUAGUUGCCAUCUGUCCAUCAAAUCGAAAUGAUCGAUAUUCUGCCAUAAAAAAACUUUGCUGUGUUGAGAGUCCAAUAAAAUCUCAAGUAAUACAAACUAAAACUAUAUCUAAAGAUAAUAAACUUAAAUCAGUGACGGAAAAAAUUGCUUUGCAAAUGAAUUGCAAACUUGGAGGUGCUCUAUGGGCAUUAAACAUACCUGUUGAUCAUAUCAUGAUAGUUGGAAUGGAUGUGUAUCAUUCAGGACCCGGUGGAACUACACGUUCAAGUGUUGCUGGUUUUGUUGCAAGUUUAGAUAAAAGUUUUACUACAUGGUAUAGUAGACCAUACUUCCAGAGACCUGGUCAAGAGUACAUUGAUGUACUGAAAAUUUGCUUUGCUUCUGCACUUACUGCAUAUCGCAACAAAAGAGGCGUUUAUCCUGAAAGAAUCGUUGUCUAUCGUGAUGGAGUUGGUGAUGGACAAUUAGAAACAAUUGCAUCUUAUGAAAUUGAACAAUUGAAAGCUGCUUUUGGGUUAAUUGAACCUAAUUACUCGCCUAAAUUAACAGUCAUUAUUGUUCAAAAACGUAUUAACACCCGAUUAAUGGCAACAGUGAAGAAUCAAAAAAAUAGGCUGGAAAAUCCACCACCGGGUACUAUCGUGGAUUCUUGUGUUACCCGUCGUAAUUGGUAUGACUUUUUCUUAGUACCACAGGUAUCGCGACAAGGUACUGUGAGUCCUACUCAUUAUAUUGUCUUAGUUGAUGAUGCUGAAUUUGACACGGAUCAAUUGCAAAGACUGACAUUUAAAAUGUGUCACUUAUACUACAAUUGGCCUGGUACAAUUAGGGUACCAGCACCGUGUCAAUAUGCACAUAAAUUAGCUUAUUUAGUUGGCCAAAAUAUUGGCACCGAACCUCAUGAAAUUUUAUCAGAUUCAUUAUAUUAUUUAUAAAAUAAAUAAGUGUAACUAGUUUUCCGUGA